UUCGAUUACGUUGACAUUUUGAGGUUAGGUAGUAAAACGUUUCGUGCAGAUUUUUGCGUCUUAUUCAUAAAACACUUACUGAAGUCACAAUUUAUCAUGUCUAAAGUGAAGAUAAAAGUCAUAAGUCGCAAUCCAGAAGAUUACCUGCGCGCUACAAAAAGAGAUAUCCAUAAAUUACCACGAAACUAUGAUCCCAGUCUUCAUCCUCUGGAAGCGCCGCGAGAGUACGUCCGAGCACUGAACGCUGUAAAACUUGAAAGAGUUUUUGCUAAGCCAUUCGUUGGUAACUUAGACGGCCAUCGAGAUGGCGUUUCUAGCAUGGCUAAGCAUCCGAGUCGGCUCGCUGUCUUGGCCAGUGGCGCGUUCGAUGGAGAGAUACGAGUGUGGGACUUAGCAAUUAGGAAAAGUACUAGAAACUUUGUGGCGCAUGAGGGCUGGGUCAGAGCUAUUUGCUACACACCUGAUGGAGAACAAUUUACAAGCGUUGGCGAUGAUAAGACUAUAAAAACAUGGAAGGCAGAGGUUCGCACUGAAGAGGAUGAGGAGCCCGUGAAUACCCUGCUGAGUAUGACUCCAGUAUCUGGCAUCACACACCACAGAUUCAAACCAAUAUUUGCAACUUGUGGUGAACACUGUCAGCUCUGGGAAAAUACAAGAAAUGAGCCUAUAAAAGUUUUCAAAUGGGGAGUUGACAGUCUUCAUCAUGUAGCAUUCAAUCAGGUGGAGCACAACUUACUAGCUUCAUGUGCCAGUGACAGAAGUGUCAUACUGUAUGACUGCAGGGAGUCUGGGCCUUUGAGGAAAGUAGUUAUGGAACUCCGGUCCAAUGCUCUCUCCUGGAAUCCUAUGGAAGCAUUUAUCUUCACUGUAGCUAAUGAGGAUUACAAUUUGUACACAUUUGAUGUAAGGAAACUGAAACAGCCAAUCAACAUUCAUAUGGACCAUACUUCAGCAGUUGUUGACAUUGAUUACUCCCCAACUGGACGUGAGUUUGUAUCCGGGAGCUAUGAUAAAACUGUCAGGAUAUUUGAGAGCUUAAAGGGUCACUCCAGAGAUGUCUACCACACAAAGAGAAUGCAAAGACUGACUUGUGUUAAAUGGUCUCUGGAUAAUAAGUACGUCUUAUCUGGUUCCGAUGAAAUGAACAUCAGAAUGUGGAAGGCUAGAGCAUCUGAGAAGCUUGGUAUUCUGAAACCCCGAGAGCGCACAGCGCUCAACUACUCAGACGCUCUUAAGGAGAAGUUCGCAAGUCAUCCUCAGAUAAAGCGCAUCGCCCGUCACAGGCAUGUGCCUAAACACAUUAUGAAUGCACAGCAGGAAAUAAAAACAAUCAGGGAGAAGAACAAGAGGAAGGAAGCCAACAGACGCGCUCACAGCAAACCAGGAGCCGUGCCCCAUGUUGCCGAACGCAAAAAACAUGUUGUCAAAGAGGAUGAAUAGAUUUAUUAUUAUGAA